GCUCGACAACGGAAUGUUUUUAGCGUUUUUCUCAGUCAGCAAAUGGCGUCUGGGUGGAGGUGUACCAAAAUUUUCUGCGUAAAUCAUGAAUGAAAUGCAUCGCGUAAUAUAAACACGAAUUUAACCCAACCAAACCGUUUAAAAUUUCAGUACCCAGUGAAAGUAAACAAAAUGGACGCGUUAACGAGAGACUAUUAGUGGUCAUUUGACGAAAAAUCCUGGCUCUACAACACCAUAAUACAAACAUAAACAAUGAACGAGGAGAUCGACGUGAAGGGUCCGGAAGGCCGGCCCAUUUGGCCCCCACUGGACAACACGAACGUGAGCCCUAUUCCCCCACAGCACGUCAAUAUGCCCAUCCCCACGACCCCCCAAGGCGCCCCCAUCAACCCCGGCGGCCUAGAGUUCGACCUGCCUUUCGAACUGACCCAGCAAGGUUGGAGGAAAUUUUGGUCGAAAAGGGAAAAUCGCCCGUACUUUUGGAACAAAUUAACGGGAGAGAGCUUAUGGGAAAUGCCUAUGAUUAAGCCCCAGUUCGAUCCGAUCACCGAUCCGUUGGGAAUUUGUGCGCCGCCCCCGAGUCUUCCUUUGCCUACGACCCCGUUGCCUGUGGCCAAACGAAGAGCGUCAGAGGACUUGAAUGGGCCACAGGCAAAAAAAUUUGUUCUUGCAGGGCCUUGGGAUUUGGAUGUGCCAACAAAUGUGAUCAUUUUAGAACGAAGUCCUUGUAGUUACAUGCAUUCACAUCCUGAGGUUGAGGCCUACAGGUGCAGUCUUUUGGCCAAGUUGAGGCAGUGCUAUCAAGAGUUAUGUCACUCUAGAGAGUCUAUAGAUGCCCCGAAGGACUCCUUCAACAGGUGGAUGAUGGAACGCAAGGUUAUUGAUUCAGGGUACGAUCCUUUACUGCCAAGCAAUUGUUAUCCAGAAAUCUCAUUAUCUAUGUAUAAAGAAAUCAUGAACGAUAUCCCUAUUAAAUUAGUUAGACCGAAAUUUACCGGAGAUGCUAGGAAACAAUUAUCUCGGUACGCAGAGGCCGCAAAAAAAAUUAUGGAAUCGAGAAACGCUGAAGCUGAAAGUCGGAAAGUUGUCAAGUGGAAUGUGGACGAAACGUUUCAGUGGCUUAGGAAGACUGUGGGAGCGACGUAUGAUGAUUUUCAAGAUAGACUAGCACAUUUGAAACAACAGUGCCAACCGCAUCUAACAGAAACGGUAAAAUCUUCUGUGGAAGGUAUAUGUUUGAAAAUUUACAAUUUAUCGUGUGAAUAUGCCAAAAAAGUUAGGGAAAAAUCUAAUGCUAUUUUAAAAGAGCAUGGGAUGGAACUCCCGCCCGUCAUACCAAUGACUACGACUAGAAAAGUUUGGUGUUACCCUGUUCAAUUUGUUAUCGGAUGUCCUAGACUGCCAGUUGUUGAAUAUUUGCCCGACAGAGAUCAAGCCUUAUUACGAUUUCAGGGAGACACGCUUGUUAUCAACAGCACGCAUCUCCAAAAAUUAGAACAUUUAUACCGGCAUAGUUGUUUCGACGAUAGAAAAUUCGAGCUUUUUAUUCCCCGAGUGUGGGUAAUGUUGAAGCGUUACGCCACAUACUUAGGUGUAAAUCCAUCAUCGAACAACGCCAAUUCGGACGUCCAUGAAACUCAAGCUUCACUACCUGUAACCGUUUUCGAAUGUUUAAAUCGAACGUUUGGUGUUACUUUCGAAUGUUUCGCCUCCCCUUUAAAUUGUUAUUUUAAACAAUAUUGUUCUGCUUUCGCCGAUUGUGAUUCAUACUUUGGUAGUAGAGGGCCAUUUUUACAGCUGAAAGCUGUUUCUGGCUCUUUCGAGGUUCACCCACCUUACAGCGAAGAGCUAAUGGAAGCCGCGGUCAAUCAUAUGGAAAGAUUGCUCAGUGAAAGUCCGGAACCGUUGAGCUUUGUUGUACUUAUGCCGGAUUACAGGGAACCGACGCCUAACGCUCUUUUACGAAUAGAAGCGAGUCAGUUUAAAAGGAAACAGGUUACGAUACCGGCGUACGAGCACGAGUUUAGGCACGGAUUUCAACAUGUCUUAAAUAGAUCUGAGUUAAACAUUAGGUCUGCUCACGGAACAGUGAUAGUUUGGCUGCAGAACGUGACAGGUCACCAAAGAUGGGAACCAACCGAAGAAAGGGUGCAAUCACUUAUGGAAGCGUUUCGACCAGGUCGAGAGCGAGAACGCGAUCGUCAAGAGCUUUUGAGUCCCACACGACAGGGCAGUACUUCUGAUAAUAAGGACGUUUUGGUCCAGUGAGAUUGUAUAGAAACCCUGACUGCAAUAUUUUUUUGUAUAGUUUAGAAGCAUUUAUAUUUUUUAUAUUCAAAAGAAUUUUAUUUAUAUCUAACUCGUACUUUAUUCAAAUUUAUAUUGUCACUAUUUAUAAUGUAAAUUAUCGAACGUCACUUAUUGUAAAAAGUACCUGAAAAUUUUAUUCACUUAUUCGAUAAUUUUUGAAUUUGAAUCUUUUGAUAUCAAGUUUCCUGGCGAAUUGUAAUAAAUUCAGAUCUUUGUAAAUAUAGACAUGUAGAUUCAAAGGAAACAGUGAUUUUGAUAAGUUUAUAAACAGAUCGCUUUGUACAUCGCUGCAGGUAUAUUUGUUGUGUAAUUUUAUGCUUGUUUUUAUAUUUUAAAUAUUUAAUAGCAGUUCUACAAAAACUUGUACAAUGUAUUGCCAAUAUAGUACAUUUUAAAAUUUGUGAGAUUUGUUCAGCUUAACUCUGUUACAGUGUCUUCUUUUCUC